AUGUCGCGUCGUGAAAUGCGCGUGGAGCGCGUCAUGGAGUAUCCUCCGCCGCCACCCAGCAAGUGUGCUAAGGUGCUGUACUACACGUGGAAGCUGUGCUCACUGGUCUUCUCCCACUUCGUGAUGAUCAGUCUGGUAGUGGCCUAUUGCAUCCUCGGCGCUGUCACCUUCGAGCGACUUGAAGCACAGCACGAGAGAGAGGUGAAGAUGAACAUUUCCCAGAUCCGCAGCAACACGACGCAGAGCAUCUGGCACAUGACGCGCACGGUGCCUCUCCUCAACCAGACUAACUGGACAUCUGAUGUUGUGGACAUGCUUAAGGAUUUCGAGAAUGCAAUUCUAUUGGAAAUGAAGGUGCGCGGCUGGGAUGGCAAUGAGAGCACAGAUCAUAUCCAGUGGACCUUCACCGGUGCUUUAUUUUACAGCAUCAUCGUCAUCACUACCAUCGGUAAGUACUAA